AUCCGACACACGGAGGCAUGCGCGCGCGCGUGUAGUCAGUUUACAUUCACAAGUGAGCGCGAUAAGAUAAACAAAGAUGUCGCCCGAACCGGCACCGUUGUCGAAGACUGCGAAAUACAAGAAGAUAACAAAACCCCUGUUGGAGAGAAAACGGCGCGCGCGCAUCAAUAGAUGCCUCGAUGAACUCAAAGACCUCAUGGUUGGGGCACUGGAGAUCGACGACGAUAAUUUGAGCAAGCUGGAGAAGGCGGAUAUCCUUGAACUAACUGUCAACCAUCUUACCAAGCUGCAUCGCCCCAAAGACCCGGUUUUGGAAGCCAAGAAGUUUCAGGCCGGCUUCGGCCAGUGUGCCGCCGAGGCCUGUAGAUUCAUCAUGAAUAUACCCGAAUUAGACGCGAAGGUCAGCCAGAAUUUAGUCGGGCAUCUCUCCAGACUGAUCACUUCGCAGCCGCUGUCCAUCCAAGUGCCGGAGAGACCGUCCUUCUCUCCUCCCGGCUCUCCUUCCUCCGUUCUGUCAGAUAGACAGCACUACUACAGCGAUCAAGAACGGUCUUCCUCGGAUGCUGAAGACUCAAUCUACUCCGAAAACACAUCCAGACACUACGCCCGGACCAAACCUGGCCUUCUGACGACGGUGGACAAGGUACCGCACGAGGUGAGCCGAAACUACUUCAACAGAGUCCCAGUGGAAGCAAAAGACAUGAUUCUCCAGAAGAUAAGACAACACAUCAUGGAUAAGAGAGGGAACGACGUUGUGACGGACCAACACGAGCAAGCACCUUACGAAGACAGAUACAGAAAUGACCCAAUUCAUCCAGAAACAUACGCAAACGACACCUUGGAUCUACGAAAAUAUAGGUCACCUUCCAAACCUGAAGUGACGAUACCACGAGUGUCUCCAGAAAUACCAGAGAGGAAACCAGAACCGCCUCCGGAGCGCGAGCUGGCGAUGGACUACAGCAAUCUGCCGCCCAAGAAGAAGAGAAAGCUGAUUGAAUACCAGGAGUACAAAAAACAGGAGGAGGCGAAACGGAUUUUCGAGCAAAAAGCGGAGCGACCGCCGACGGAGUACCAGGGUGUCAGACAAGAGGAGAUGAGACACAAAUUGUACAAUCAGCCGAGAGAAUGGGAGCGCGGCUUCUAUUACCAACAAAGGGGCAACUCGCCCCCCGCCGACGAAAAAUGGAGACCCUGGUAGAACUAUUGUGAUAAUUCUCUUCCAAGAAAGCUUUAAUUCGUUAUACGUGCCUUAUAGUUUAAGAUUUUAUUGUGAAUUUACUUUGGACAGUAUUUUUGUAAUACUCCUUUAUAGUCGUUAGUUGUUUAAUGUUUACGCUUUAUUUAAUAGUAUUAUUGUAUAGUGCCAUGAGUUUGAUCUCGAUGUCUUCCGAAAUGUAGGUUUGUAUUACAUUAUUAUUAUUGUGAUUACCUAUGAC